GAGAAAGUUAGAUAAAUGUUACAUUCAGUUAAUCAGCCAGGAGAGCCAAGCAAACCCCCAAAAACAGAUAAAGCCAAAGUUACAGCUUGGUCUCCGAAUAAUCCAUUUGGUAAAAAGGGCUCAACUGUUAAGUUGUACCCCAGCCUGUUAACAAAAGAAGGCUCUCCCCCUGACUAUAGCUCAGAUGACGAAUUGUACCUGUAUAGAAAUACACCACGAGCACCUGCACCCAGACAGGGCAGAAGCGGACAGGCUGCAGCUGCACCGCAACAACAGGAUGAGCGAGCAGAGGGAGGGGGAGAUAGCAGUAAGGAGCUUUCGGGCGGAUCAGAUGAAGAACAAAAAGCACCGAAGCAAUCUGAAAGAGUUAAACAGCAAAAAUUUAAAAAAGAACAAGACAAAAAGGAGCAGGGUCAGAAAGGAGCUAGCGGAUCAGGACAGGGAGGCACACACGUGCUCGAAGCCCCUUUAAGAAUAUUUCCAGGAAUAAAUGGGGAUGGGUCUCUUAUCACUGCAUACCGCCCCUGGACUAAAAUGGAAUUAAAACAACUGACUGACGAUACCCCAGAUCCUAAGAAGGACGUGACUCAGACUAUAACAUAUCUAAAGAGACUGUCUGGAUGUUUCCAUCCCUGUCAGGGUGACUGGUACAGCUUUUGUAUGGCGCGUUGGCCUAAGCUCGAGGAUAGAUGGAGAAUACAUCUUGAUGCACAGAGCGCAGCUGCAAAAGAUCAGACAGAAGAAAGGGGCGAACUUAUGUUGGAAGAAAUAAUGAAGGAUUUACAGACUAAAUUCAAAGUCAACCCAGAUUGGGGUAAACUGUCAGGACUACAUAAAAGAGAAGAGGAACAGGUGGAAGAUUUUGUGACUAGGUUGCAAAACACAUUUAAGAAAUACUCAGGCUUAACCUCAGAGCAGUUCGCCCCGCUUCUUCCGCGCGCAUUCGUUGACGGAUUAGAAAGACAUUCCAGAGAAGUGAUAAAACAAGACCUCGCGUGGGAGGUAAAAACUCUAGAACAGUGUGUAGCUAUAGCCAAACACUUGGAAAGAAAUCGACGAAAUGCUGAAUCCUCUGAUAGUUCUAGCUCAGAGUCUGACACCGAUUGUAAAAACAAAAAUAAACUAAGACACAGAAAUAAGGGAAAGAAAGACAAACGUAAACAAUAUUCUGGUGCUGUAAAACAAAUGAUUGUGCAACAGCCUCAGCAGGCUGCCCCUACCCAACCCUCCUCUCUCCCACAGACACAGUUUUUAUCUCCAGCUCCCACACAGUGGCCAGUUUAUCACCCCUUUCCAGCAGCUCAAGGAACCAACCCCUUUCACAGUCGAGAGCCACCCCAAGGUCAACAGAUCCGAAGGCAGUGAUGGAAAUAAACAGGACCUCAACUGAGAUGCUAGUAGACACUGGGGCUACUGUUUCUACCCUGACUCCCUCUGAUGCAGCUGCUGCUAAUGUUGCACCCACCACAGAAACCCUAAGUACCAUAGGAGUGGCUGGAAUUACGCAACAAAAUUAUGUCUCACAACCUGCUGCAGUGUCUUUUCAGGGUCAAAAUCUGGAGCACUCU